GAAGCUUAAAUCAAUUAAUCAAAGAAAGUGGGAAUGCUUUUAGAUUUGCAGAGAAGCAUGAAAUCGAUAGUUUCGACGCCGCCUUCCUCCACGAAAUCAUCCACCACCGUGGAAUCUGAGACCAGAGAUAGCUGUUAUUUUCCGGGGUGUCGAAAAGACGCAAACUGCAAUUGCAGUAUAUGCAUAGCCAGCAUGAAUGCGACUCUUGAUUUGAUGACGGAGAGUGUCCAGAGGAGCACUCUCACUAAGCUCUCGGCCGUGAAGCGCCGCCAAGUCUCCGCCUUUAAGCAUCCCAGAAGCCCUGUUUUCUUUAAUUCUUCCUUUUCGACUCCUGAUUCGAGUGGGGGUCGGUCUGGUUCUGUUUCCUCGGGAUUGGAUUCGGGGGCGAGGGGGGAAUUUCAUGAGAAGAAGAAGAGGAAGGAGAGGGGAUUUGGGUGUGGGGUUUUGAUGGUGAGGGUUUUGUUUGGGUUGGGAUUAGUUUAUUGGUUGGAGUAUGGGGUUUCGCCUAUGAUUUCUGGGGUUUUGGAUUCUGAAUUGUCCAUGGAUGUUGUGAGGAAUUUGGGUGGGAAAUCAUGGGGUUUGAAUGGUUUGAAGGGUUUGAAUGAUUGGAAUGAAAGAUUGGGUUUUUUGAGGAAUGAGCUACAAGGGUUGGUUGAUGAAGAGGUAUUGAAUUGCAGCUCUGGCAAUUCUGUGUGGAAGGUUAAACAGGACGGGUUACUCUUGACUUCGCAAUGUACCUUGUACAAGUCCAUCACAGAGGAGGUGAGCAUUUGGGGAUGGCCAUUGCAGACUGCUGGAUUGCUGACAGCAGAGUACAGUUCCAGAUCUUUCACUCUCUUAUCAGGGAGAUUGACAGAGUGGAAGAACGGAGAGUUUGGGUAUUCAGUUCGUGGCGUUAACAGUUCAUGGACACAAGGAAGAUGGAGUUCUUCUGCUGUGCAGCUCGAUCCCAAUACAUGGAUUCUCGAAUACAGUGAGAGUCCCAUCAGGGAAAAUGCAAAACUGGUUUCUGCUGCAAUUGAGUUUCUGAAAUUCAAGCUUGCAAGGGAGUUUGAAAAGCUGAAAAUGGAGUUCUGGUCCUUAUCUGCCUUUGGAAGCGAGUUUAGUGACCUCAGAACAGAAAGUUUCUGUGUCCCAACUUAGGAACAAUGUUUAAUUCUCAGUCCUCUUGAGAAAACUUUUAAUCUUUCUUCGUAUUCAUAUUUAGUGCUUCAAGUUCAACAUAUAGUUGUCUGGUAUCAGAGACAGUAUUUUGGUAGCAUUAAUUGUAUAUGUUGUUAUGCAGCUAGAUAUUCAUUUUCAGUUGAGCAGUA